AUGAAAACGGCAUGAUAAUGGCAUUCUGCAACAAUCACAACGGAUGUACACAAACGCUUCGCUCUGUUAACCCGCAAAUUACGAGUAUCUUGAAAACAUAUAGUACGUGUUAAACGCAUAUAAGUAAAUCGCGGUAUCAAUAAUUUGCAAUCUAGUGCAGUUGAGUGAAAAUAUUAAUCCGGCCAGAGGCCAUCAUGCAGUCGUAGCGUGCCACCGCGCCUAUAAUAACGCUGAGACAAAAGCAAAAGGUUUCGCGCCGAAAAGGAAGACGGCAAAAAUACACAAAGCGCUGCAGAAAAAUAACAAAAACCGUAUCUAAAUGGACUCUGCAACGGGGAAAAUGUAUUUGAAUUAAUUGCAAACGUGGAUACAGUGCGUGCGCGCUUGUGCAAGCGGUAGUAAUUGUGUUCCGUCGACCGUCAACUGCCGCCGCCCCCACCCUCCCCUCGCCAACAUACACUCACACGCACACACAAUGGCUCCAGCGAAAAAACGCGAGAAAGACAAUAAUGCAGAUGGCGGUGCAAGUAAUGGCCUAAAUGGCCUAUCCAACGGAGCGGCAGAUGCCGCUACGGCCACAGCCACUGCAACUGCAGGUACUACUGUACCACCGACGCCGGCCGAGGGCCAGGUCAAACUCAAUGGACACCAGCAGGAGCAGGAACUCUUUUUGCAGGCGUUCGAGAAGCCCACUCAGAUCUAUCGCUACCUACGCAAUCGACACGAGACAAAUCCCAUCUUCCUGAAUCGCACGCUUAGCUACAUGAAGGAGCGAAUGUCGCGAAACAACAAGAAGCGGGCCACCUUCCAUGUCGACUCCAUGCUGGACACUAUAGUUCAGAAGUCGGAGGCCGUCACCCAAAAUUACCUGCAUGUCAUCUAUGAUUCUCUGCAUGAGAAACUGAAGAGCUCUACGGCCGAUGGCGGCGGAGGUGAUGAUGAUCUGCUGCAGGAGCAGCUGCUCUGCGAGGCGGGGGAAUCCGUGUGCGUGGAGACGACGCUGUACAAGAUAACGCGCAGCAAGCGCAAGGACAGCACACUGGACUUCCAGGAGCUGCUCAGCAAGAGCUCGCAGAUUGUGUACAAUCCAAAGGAUAGCAUUGGGGAACAUGCCACCAUAAGCAUACCCUUGCAGACGAUGCGACCGAUGGGGGAGCAGCAUACGCUGUACAAGCUGCUCUUUCGCAUCAAGGUGCUGGCGCCGAGCUCGUGCAAUGACGAGAAUGCAGAAACCCCGCCCCACAAAAGAUCGCGUCGCAAUGAGAAAAUGUUUGGCUCUGAGCUGAUCUUGUACGAGAAAUCCACUGGCUUUAUAACCGAGGGCGAGUACGAGGCCAUGCUGCAGCCCUUGAACUCGUCCAGCAUCAAGUCCUUCUCACCAAAGAAAUGCACCUGGGAGACAAUGCCGGACAGCUACAUUCCCCUCUCGCUGAGCUACGAUGUCUAUCAGCAGAGUCCCAUGCUCAAGUUCCAUUUGACUCUCUCAAAUGAGCAGCUACCUGAGAUUAUUUCGGCUCCUGAACUCCAGCGCUAUGUCCAGCCUUUGGAUUCGGUGGCCGAGAUGAAUCACAACAACAACAACUAUAGUAACAACAACAAUUGCAGCGGUUUGAAAAACGGUGGCUUGAUCAAAUCCCCGCCAGAGCUUAUCCAGAUCGUGUACAAUUUCAUGUACAGCAACAAUACGCGCCAGCAGACCGAAUACACCCAGGAGCUGCAUUGCCCUUGGUGUGGUCUCGACUGCCUGCGCCUGUAUGCCUUGCUGAAGCACUUGAAGCUGUGCCAUGCCCGCUUCAACUUUACAUAUCAGCCGGCAGGAAGCGGAGCACGCAUCGAUGUCACCAUCAAUGAUGGCUAUGAUGGCUCCUAUGCCGGUUCUCCAUACGACCUGGCCGGGCCAUCGGGCUCCUCUUUUGCUAGAACAUGCGGCCCUGUGCGACGCACUUCGGUCACCAGCCUGAUGGUGUGUCGUCCGCGGCGUCAAAAGACCUGCCUGGAUGAGUUUCUGGAACUGGACGAAGACGAGAUCAGCAAUCAGCGUUCUUACAUAACGGGCCACAACAGGCUCUAUCACCACACAGAGACCUGCCUGCCAGUGCAUCCCAAGGAGCUGGACAUUGACUCGGAGGGCGAGAGCGAUCCUCUGUGGCUGCGCCAAAAGACCAUCCAAAUGAUCGAUGAAUUCUCCGAUGUCAACGAGGGCGAAAAGGAGCUAAUGAAGCUGUGGAACUUGCACGUAAUGCGUCACGGUUUCGUUGGCGACUGCCAGCUGCCUUUGGCCUGCGAGAUGUUCCUUGAUGCCAAGGGCCAUGAGAUUGUCCGCAAGAAUCUCUAUCGGAACUUUAUCCUGCAUAUGUGUUCGCUGUUUGAUUAUGGCCUGAUUGCGGCCGAGACUGUCUACAAAACAGUUCAGAAGCUGCAAGGGCUGCUGAGCAAGUAUGGCGCCGGCCAGGAGCUAAUGCAGCGUCAGCGCGAGGCUCAGCUUAAAUUCUGGCUGGACGUUGGCAUGCACAAGAAGCAGGAGGAUCCCAAGACACACAAAUCACCGCAGAAGCCUGCUCCGCCGGCUGAGACUGGAGCUACCUCUUCACCCACUGCCACAGCCUCCACAUCCAGUUCGGCAAGCUCUAAUGCUAUGCAGCCGCCCAAGCGGAUGCCAGCUAAUCUGAAGAGAGCCAGUGCAGCCGCCGCCGCCGCUGCAGCAGCUGCAGCUCAAGGUAAAGCAUCUGAAAAUGGAAACAACAACAACAGCAAGAACGUGGCCAAGAAGAGUGCAGACCAGCCUUUACCCACUUUGGCCAACACAAGAGAACGACGCUCGGAUCCGGGCGUUAAGCGCAGUGUCAGCGGCACCAGGCUUGGAGAGUCCCGUACUGCCUCCGCACCAGUCUCGAAGCGCAAGCUAAGCGCCAAAGAUAACACAGCAGCGAUUACCAAGCGGCAGCGUUACAGCGAGGGAGCCGGAAAUGGGACUGUAGGAAACCGGAAUAAAAGCAAUAACCACACACUGCCAACAACCAGCGACAUGAAGAACAACAGUAACAACAGCAGCAGCAGCAAGCGCCUGAUUGCGCGACGUCGUUCCACCUCGGAGCGGACCAAGACGAGUGCUUCAUCGGGAGCUGGCGGAGGAGUUCGCACCAGACUCUCGGUGCCGGCCAAGUACGAGAGGCGCUGACGCAGGCGCCGUCGACGUCGCCGUUGCUGCUGCUGCUGCUCCACCACCUCUUCCCAUUGACCAUGCAUUGCCAGGGCUUUAGUUGUUUAAUUUGUUCAAUGCCUUUACUCCUCUUCUUUUCAUAAUUACUAUAUUAUAAUAUGUUGUGUUAUAUUUUAAUGGAUCUAUUCUUAUGUUGGACACUUUGUAAAGUCUCGUCUCGGAUUCGAAAUUGACCUCAAGAAACCCUUAGAACCGUAGACCUUUGUUCGUUGUUUUCAAUAAAUUCCGAACACUCUUCAGUUAAUCACCUUUCUACGCCAGGUACUUAAGAGUACAGCAUACAGGGCUCAAGGCUAAACCCCUAUCGGGUUAAUCAAUUCAAAACUAAUUUGAAUUAACUUGCUUACACCUUAAUCUUAAUCAAAUUCGGGACAACGUUUUUGUGGUAACUUCGUAAUUCGAAGAAAAGAAAAGCUUCAAUUGUAAUUAGUGCAGUUUGUAUACAAAAAUAUACAUAUAUAUAUAUAUUAAACGUCAUAAGCAAAUCUAUUUUUAGUGUGAAAAGCGUACUUGACAAGCAAAACAUAAAUUCCAAAUUCACAAAAAAAUAUAAAAUGAAAUAAAAUAAAAACAAAAGCUAUCACUAGAGCAUACACCUAAUUUUAAACAUGCCUACAUCAAUAAAAAAAAUCACUCGAAACACA